CGUCGAGUCGCACACAAAUGACGAUACGCCUGUAACCGCGCGGAUAGAUGACGUAGCUUCACUCUGGGGUCCGCGCUGAAUCUUUGGAGAUUGUCGCUGGAAAAUAGAGAGUCAUGAAUUGGAACAAAGGUGGUCCAGGUGUGAAGCGAGGUUUUGGCUUUGGGGGAUUUGCUCUAGCAGGGAAAAAGGAGGAACCUCGUUCAUCUCAGAAAUCUCAUACAUCAUUUGGGGCCCCGGGAUCUAGUGGAGGAUAUGGAAAGGGGCAGCAGCUCCCAUCGUUCUAUAAAAUAGGGACAAAAAGAGCCAAUUUCGAUGAAGAAAAUGCGUAUUUUGAAGAUGAUGAAGAAGACUCCAGCAAUGUGGAUCUGCCUUACAUCCCCGCUGAGAACUCACCCACACGCUUACAGAUGAAGUCUGGUGGCGGUGGCUCAGACAGUGAGAACGAUCCUCUGGAUGCCUUCAUGGCAGAGGUUGAGGAUCAAGCAGCCAAAGACAUGAGGAAACUGGAGGAAAAGGAGAAAAAGUCAGCCAAGGGUAUUCGAGAUGACAUUGAAGAAGAGGAUGAGCAAGAAGCCUACUUUCGCUAUAUGGCAGAGAAUCCUACAGCCGGUCUGACUCCAGAAGAAGAAGAGGAGAACAUUGAUUAUGACAGUGAUGGGAACCCAAUUCCCUCCACCACCAAGAAAAUUAUCAUGCCUCUUCCUCCUAUUGAUCACUCGGAGAUUGAUUACCCACCCUUUGAGAAGAACUUUUACAAUGAGCAUGAGGAGCUCAACAGUCUAACUGGAAGUCAAGUAGUGGAGCUGAGACAGAAACUGAACUUGCGGGUAUCCGGUGCUGCUCCUCCUAAACCUUGUGCCAUCUUUGCCCACUUUGGCUUUGAUGAACAGCUUAGGCAUCAGAUUCGCAAGUCUGAAUACACUCAGCCCACACCGCUUCAUGGUGUUCCCAUCGCUCUGUCUGGCCGGGACAUGAUUGGCAUUGCAAAAACUGGAAGCGGUAAAACCGCAGCUUUCAUCUGGCCAAUGCUGGUUCACAUCAUGGACCAGAAGGAGCUCGAGGCUGGAGAGGGGCCCAUCGCCGUCAUCGUUUGUCCUACAAGAGAGCUUUGUCAGCAGAUCCAUGCGGAAUGUAAGCGCUUUGGAAAGGCAUACUCCUUGCGUUCUGUGGCGGUAUAUGGAGGAGGCAGCAUGUGGGAGCAGGCUAAGGCUCUACAGGAAGGAGCGAGAGAUUGAAAAAUGAUGUGUGUUUGCACAGGUCGUCUGAUUGACCAUGUCAAAAAGAAGGCCACAUCCUUGCAGAGAGUGACGUACCUCGUGUUUGAUGAGGCAGAUCGGAUGUUUGACAUGGGUUUUGAAUACCAGGUUCGAUCAAUUGCUAGCCACGUCCGCCCAACAGACAGAGUAACCCUCCUGUUCAGUGCUACAUUUCGGAAGAAGAUAGAACGAUUGGCCAGGGAUAUUUUGAUUGAUCCUAUUCGUGUGGUGCAAGGAUACAUUGGAGAGGCCAAUGAGGAUUUAACCCAAGUCGUGGAGUUGCUGCCCAGCGGUCAGAUAAAUGGAACUGGCUUACCCCGCCGCCUUGUUUGAGUUCACCCUCCUCUGGGCUCAGUCCUCAUCUUCGUACCAAAAAGGCCAACCUCUGAAGAACUGGCUACUAACCUGACACAGGAAGGCUACAGCCUGGGCCUCCUGCAUGGUGACAGGGACCAGAGUGAGAGGAAACAAAUCAUCAGUGACUUCAAGAAAAGGAAUUUGCCUGUUCUGGUAGCGACUGAUGUAGCUGCUCGUGGUCUGGAUAUCCCGUCCAUUCGCACUGUAGUGAACUACGAUGUGGCGCGGGACAUUGACACACACACACACCGCAUCGGUCGAACCGGUCGUGCUGGAAAAGGCUUGGCUUACACCCUCCUCACAAAUAAAGAUACCUCGUUUGCUGGUGAUCUUGUGCGAAAUCUGGAGGGGGCAAAUCAAGCGGUUUCCAAAGAGCUGAUGGAUUUAGCUAUGCAGAAUCCCUGGUUCAGGAAAUCAAGAUUCAAGAGUGGUAAAGGAAAGAAGCUGAAUAUUGGAGGAGGUGGUCUUGGCUACAAAGAGAGACCAGGCUUGGGGGCUGACAUCUCUGAGCGCAGCAGUGGAUUAUUGUCUUCCACUAGUAGCUAUGAAGGCUACAGCAAACAACUACCGGAGCAAUGGGAGACCAGAAUGUCGGCAAUGAAACAGGCCUUCCAGGCCCAGUACAAGAGCCACUUUGUAGCUGCAUCCAGCGGCCCCCCGAAGCUAAGCACCAACUCCAGCAGCUCGUCAGGUUGGACAAGUGCUGGCAGUCUGAGCUCUGUGCCAACAGAACCGGCCAACGGCUCAGAACGCGCCCACAGUGUGGCGCUGUCCAUAGGCGGCUUUACCAGCGCCGGCUGCCUGAGCUCAGUAUCAACCAACCAGAUCAGUUCACUGCAGAACUACACUCCACCCUCACCUGCACCCGUACCUGCACCUGUGCCACCAUCACCCAGAGAUGCAUCACGGGACCAGCGACACAGCGAGGACAGGGCUCGCCAUGGAGACAGCCACCACCGCCACAGCGACAGAAAUGACCGACACAGCAGUGAUGACCGCCACGGAGAUCGAGAUCGUGACCGUCAUGGUGAUCGAGAUCGUGACCGCCAUGGUGAUCGAGAUCGUGACCGCCACGGGGACCGGAUCGCUACAAGCAGCAGCCGUCACAGUGACAGUCGUAACGGGGAGGGAAGUAGGAGGGACAGAGAUGAUCGAAGGAGUGAGAGAGAUGGGGGAGACAGGGACGGGAGGGGGGAUAGGGCGAAUGGGAGGGGGGACAAGGGAGAUGAUGGCUUUGCCGUCCCUGAUCCGCCAAAACGUAGAAAGAGCAGGUGGGAUAACUAAACGAAAAAAAGAACCGCGAGAGUCUGCAACCAACUAGCGUCUGUGGUGUGGAGGUCGAUGCUGGAGCCAGAAAUCAGAUGCUGUCACAAGCACUGGCUUCUAGGAAGGCUCUUGUUUUUUGUUUAUUUCGCUUGUGGCUUAAUGGAAAGGUGCAGAUGCCACAGUAAGGUUGGUUGGGUCAGGGGUCAGGACACUUUGUCAGACAUAAGUGGUUCAGAGACGGCCGCUGUACAUAAACCCAUCAAGGCUCUUACUUUGUUACGGGGAUUCUGCAGUCAGUAAAAUACGGCUGGUGAAAACGACGGUCGCCUUUCACGCAGCUCCGAACGUGCUUUUUCUGCUUGGAAACCUGAUAUUGUUUGAUUGAUCUCUGCCACGUGUUCUGUGUUCACCCUUUGUUGAAGUACAGUGCUGAUGUAAAACUGGUUAGUUUUUAAUCCGUUCUGUCAUAAUUCACACUCAUGCUAAGAACAGUGUAAUUUAAAAAUAUGUAUCUUUUUGUGUCUUGUGUUCAGCUUUUAGUAAAGUGCCUUUUUGGCAUUUAGAUGGUCAGUGCUCUGAAAAACAACCCCCUUCUUUUAAAAAGAGCUUUUGUGUAAUAGGAGUUUGAAUUGUGUGUCAUUCACGAGUGGAAAAUGUGAAGUUUUCAUUAAAAA